AGCGUAACAGUUGGAGAUCAGCAGUCACAUGCAGGAUUGGAUGAGGUUUGAUGGGAGGAGCUGAGAAAGAGAAUAAGAGAGAGACAGAUGAUCAGACUGACACAAACUCAUCAGAAAUGGAGCUGGACACAGUGUUCACCAUGCUUCUGCUCUCAGCCGUCUUCAGUUCAUCGGUUCCUCGUCAGUUUGAGUUUGUUCAGAUGAGCAUGAAUUGCACUGAUGCUCAGAAAUACUGCCGUAAGAACUACAGCGAUCUGGCCUCCAUUGAAAACAGCGCCGAUGUGACCAAGCUGCUGAAGAGUGUGAACGAAUCUAGUGAUGUCUUUCGUGUCUGGAUCGGGCUGAUGAACACUUUCAGAAGUGAAUGGAAGUGGUCUCUGGGUGACCCUGUGUUUUACACGGCUCAAGAUUCAGUGUUUCGCAACUGGGCGUCAAAUCAGCCGAACAACAGUCAACAUUACUGCGCUUAUAUGAGUCAGGAUGGACUGUGGUGUGAUGACAACUGUAAUAGCCAAAGGUUUUUCAUCUGCUACAAUGACAGCAGUAAAGGAUUCACCCUCGUGCAGCAGUCGAUGAGCUGGAGAUCUGCUCAGAGCUACUGCAGAGGGAAUCACACGGAUCUGAGCAGCGUGAGGAACCAGAGUGAGAACCAGCAGAUUCAGCAGCUCAUGAACACUGGAGGAGUCACUGCCAUCUGGAUCGGUCUGUUCAGAGACUCAUGGGAAUGGUCCGACAAGAGUACAUCCUCGUUUAGAAACUGGGCAUCCACUGAACCCAAUGACAAUUUAGGCAAUGAAGACGCCACAGUGCUUGUGAUAAGUGGAGAGAGAAGGGGUCAGUGGGCGGACUGGCCUUGUAAUACACUAUUUCCCUUCGUCUGUCAAGAAGAUCAGUUCAUACUCAUCAAGCAGAAUCUGAGCUGGAGUGAAGCCAUGACGUACUGCAGACAGAAUCACGUGGACCUGGUGUCGGUUCCCAGCCCCCAGAUUGAGCAGCGGGUGAUGAGCGCAGCGAGAAGAGCCUCGACGACAGCCGUGUGGAUGGGUUUGCAUCACUACUGCAGCAUGAACAUGUGGCUGUGGCUGCGCGGCGAGGUGGUCUGUUAUCAGAACUGGGCCGUGGGGAACGGCACUGGACCACACAACUGUCACGAGCGGAGAGUCUGAGCCAUUCAGUCAUCUGGAGAUCAGCGCUGGGUCAGCCUUCCUCCGACCAUCAGACUCAACUUCAUCUGCACCAACUCUGAGCCUUGAGUGUCUGUUUGCACUGCGAAGAAUGACAUCUUUUUUACAAUACAAAUAUCUGAACUUCCUCAACACUCAUAAUCAUUCAUAAGACCAUUUCAAACAAAAAAUAAAUAAAUGUUACGUUUCCUGUUCUGGUCAUUUUGACCCGGGUAUGAUGAGAGUACCAUUAGGUGUCAAAAUACUUUUUGUAAAGUGAACCCUGAAGUUAUAUUAGUGUGAAAACACUUUUGUAAUGUAUAGUUGGCCUUUUCCUCAAUAUCUCUUUUGUUUUGGGGAGGAAUUUUGUUUUGAUAAACAUGAAUAUGUAUUUCUAUUGACAAACCAUUUCAACAUUCAAACCUUAGUAAUGAGAAGUUAUAUGAUCAGAUACAAUAUAGUUUUAGUAAAAAAAAUAAAUAAAAGUUGUCUGUUUAAUAAAAUAAUGAUUCUUCAAGUCCAAAUGGACCCAUAAUGCAAAAAUAGUACAGAACAUGAAUACAUUAUGAGGAUUAAAUAAAAAUGCAUUCACUUGAGAUGCAAGAUAUAAAGUAGUUUUUUCUAAAAAAUGUUUAAAAAUUAAGAACAUUUUUACCUAAAACAAGAACAAAUAUCUGCACGUGAGGUCAGAAAAAUAGACCUAUUUCAAAGAGAAAAGAAGAGUAUUUUUUGAGCACAUUGACAACCAUUUGUUCUUGUUUUCAGUUUAAACACUUCAUUUUGAUCACUUUCCCAAAAAACAAAACUUUUGUUCUGUCAUUUUGCUUCUCAAGUAAAUGUAUCUUGAUUUAAGAAUAUUUGUACUGAAAAGCAAGAAAAAUAAACUAAGCAGGAAAAUCAUAGCAGUGUGUGCAUAACCAAUGUUUUAUUCUUUAUUAAUAUGUGUCGCAUUCAUGUAGUUCAGUGCGACAGUAACUCUGAUUCUCAUUUGCUUAGUUUCAGUGUUUUAUUGGUGGUUUUUAGGGAAUAAUCUGUGAGACUUUAAACAGCAUUGUAUUAAAUAUAUAAUAAAAUGAUACACACAGCGUUUGUUGUGUG